AUGAGGGAACCUGGGAGGAGUACCAGAGCGAAGACUCAGAUCUUGCCCAGCUUCUGCAGUGGAAAACACUCGGACCCCUUAAGCCUGAGGAAAGGCAGCAACCGGCAGCACCACAACUAUCAAUUGGACACAAAGCUGAUGAGCUGCCCCCCCCCACACUUUGGCUCCCAAGGCUGGCGCAACCAGAGCUCCCCCGCAACGAAGCACCCCAGCCACUGCAUUGGCGUGGCGCAUCAGGCCCCAGCCCAAGGAGCAGCGGACCCGGAGCAGCGGACCCGGCCCAGCGGAGCAGCGGACCCGGCCCAGCGGAUCCAGCUCAGGGGAGCACUGUAUAUAACGCCAGACGAGCUGAGUACUUACAGGGACGUGAACAAGCUGCCCCAGACUCUCAGCUACCCUGGUGUGGCGCACCAAGCCCCAGUGGAGCAGCAGACCCGGCCCAGCAGAGAGCGGCCCCAGCAGAGCGGAGCAGUGCGCCAGGCCCAGCCCGAGCCCCAGCAGAGCGGAGCAGCGCGCGCCCGGCCCAGCCCGAGCCCCAGCAGAGCGGAGCAGCGCGCGCCCGGCCCAGCCCGAGCCCCAGCAGAGCGGAGCAGCGCGCGCCCGGCCCAGCCCGAGCCCCAGCAGAGCGGAGCAGCGCGCGCCCGGCCCAGCAGAGAGCGGCCCCAGCAGAGAGCGGCCCCAGCAGAGAGCGGCCCCAGCAGAGAGCGGCUCCUUAACCUUUUAUUUUGA